AUCUACAUUGAGUUGGAUUUGCGCUACCAGCCUCCAGAUGGCUCAGCUGGGACCUGGGUUGAAGAGGACUUUGUCUGUCAGAUGAAAGACAGUUCGGAGUUAAUAAUCUGCAAUCCUGGAUUUGAGGAGCUGGAGGCAGCCGAGGUGCUGAGAGCAAGUGAACUGGACAGGAGAGCUGCUGCACUGGGCAGGAAGCUGGUGAAAGGCCUGGAGACUGAUGAGGAAGAGGAGGAAGAAGAUUUCUAUGAUGUGUCUGAGGUGGAGGUCUCGGGCAUUGUCUUCAGCCCUGUGAAGAGCCGCUCCAGACUUUGCUCCGCACGGGACCUCUUUGCCACCCCAACCCCGCAGAGCUUCCAGGUUGGGAUUAAUAUCAUUGAAGCACAGAAGCUGGUGGGGGUGAACAUUAACCCCUUUGUGGUAGUCAAGGUUGGAGAGGAGAAGAGGCACACAGCAACGCAGAAGUCAACAAACUGCCCCUUCUACAAUGAAUAUUUUUUAUUCGAAUUCCAUGAGCCAAGGGACGUUUUAUUGCACAGACUCAUAGAGAUCUCAGUUUUUCACUCAAAGAAGAUCCCAUUCCUGGGAACGUGCAUAGGAACAUUCAAGAUGGACGUAGUGACGGUGUACAGCCAGCCAGAUCACAGGUUUUUCCAGAAGUGGGCUGUUAUCAGUGACCCCACGGACACCCAGGCAGGCGUGAAAGGCUUUGUGAAGUGCAACAUCUCCGUCACCGCACGCGGGGAUGUUGUGGCGUCCCUUCCCGCCUCCUCCAGCAGCCAGGAUGAGGACAUUGAAAGGAACCUGCUGCUGCCUAAGAGAGUCCCCGCAGAGAGACCCUGGGCCAGGGUCUGCAUCAAGCUGUAUCGUGCCGAGGGCCUGCCCAGCAUGAGUGCAGGCAUCAUGGGUGGCUUCUCCAAGAUCAUAGGGGAGAAAAAAGUCUUUAUUGACCCAUAUGUACAGGUUUCGUUCUGUGGGCAGCAGGGGGAAACAUCGGUGGAGACCAACACCACUGAGCCUGAGUGGAAUGAGCAGAUCAGCUUCAUUGAGAUGUUCCCACCUCUGGCCAGGAAGAUAAAAGUCCAGGUGCUGGAUGAUGCCAAUGUUGGUGACGUGGCCAUUGCUACACACUACAUUGACCUGCAGCAGAUCUCGGAUCCUGGCAGGAAUGGCUUUAAUCCCACGUUUGGCCCAGCCUGGGUGAACCUGUACGGUUCCCCCCAGAACUCGACUCUGCGGGACAUCCACAAGGACCUCAAUGAGGGCAUGGGUGAGGGGAUCUUCUACCGUGGACGCAUCCUCAUGGCCAUCAUGGUGGAGAUCUUCAGCAGCCUCAGUGUGGCAGAGAGGAAGCUUGGGGACAAGACGAAAGGUGCCCUAAGCAAACUGAAGCUGAAGAAGAAAAGUAAGAAAUCCAAGGAGAAAGCCAAAGAACUGAGCCAGCUGCAGGGAGAGGAGGAGGUUGGGGGCUCUCAGGAGGCCGAGCAGCCCAGGGAGGUCACUGUGGAGGUGGAAGAGCUUCAUCCACUCCCCAAGAACGCGUUGGGGAGGAAGGAGGAAUUCCUCCUCUUCGCUGCCUUCUUUGAGGCCACCAUGAUGGACUCCUCUCUCAGCUCCAAGCCUGUCAGCUUUGAAGUCUCUAUAGGACACUAUGGCAAAGCUGAAGAGAUUGCAACCAAAGUAUGGAGAAAAGUGGAAAAGGGAGAAGUGAAAGAAGAAAAACAGCCUUUGCUGGACCCUGGUUCAGAUGGUGAGCUGGAUGUUGAAGUCCUGGCCCCAGGUUCAGCCGCACUGAACAAGUCGGUGACAAAGAGCCAGAGACCAGAGCCCAUGGAGUGUGACAGGUCAUACAGCUGCCUGCCCAUGAUGCAUGAGAAGCCCUGCGUGUACGUGUGGAGCUACUGGGAGGAUCACACCUGGAGACUCUGCAUUUCCAACUGGAUUGUCAAGCUGGCAGAGCGCCUGGAGCAGGGGCUGGACGAUGUGGAGAAGCUCAUGAGAAGGCCAAAGGCUAAAGCUGAAGAGCGACUCAGAGAGGUGCUGGAGGAAUUUGUAGCUGGAUGCAGGCAAUAUUUACUCAGCGCGGAGAGAAAAACAAUGGCACAUCCAAACAACCUUGACAGAUGUCGGACAAAAUACCUGAUGCGCAACAUCGUCCUGUAUGCAAAGCAGGGGCUCCGUGUGAAGCGGCAGCUGACUCGAGCCAACGUCAAGGAGAAGGUUAAGGAGACGAGGAGGGUCCUGACAAAGCUACGCUUCGUGGCUAAAGAGGGCUCCCCCGAGUUCCUUGGCCAGGCCUUUGCUGUCCCACAGGUGAAGCUGGUCGAUGAGCAGUACACCAAACCUGCCCUGCAGUUCUUUGAUUUCUACAAAGGCACCAAAGCAGCGGGAGAGCUGAUUGCCACUUUUGAGCUGAUUGAGCUGGAUUACAGUGGCUAUUUGGAGCCGUCAGUGCCCGAGGAUGUGGAGCCCAAGGAGCCUGACUACCUGGGAGACCCCCAUGCUGGACGGUUCAUCAUCCCUGAGGGCAUCCGCCCAGUGCUGAAGGAAUUUCGCAUAGAGAUCCUGUUCUGGGGCCUGCGGGACCUGAAGCGGGUGAACUUGUUUGAGGUGGAUCAGCCUCAGGUGAUCAUUGAAUGUGCUGGCAAGAAGGUGGAGUCGGAAGUGGUUGUGGCAUACAAAGAGAACCCCAACUUCACCGAGCUGGUCAGAUACAUGGAUGUGGAGCUUCCGGAGCAGGUCUACCUGCACCCUCCCCUCAGCAUCUUUGUGGUGGAAAAGCGGGCGUUUGGGCGCACUGUGGUGGUGGGUACCCAUGUUGUGUCUGAUGUGAUGAAAUUCUCUCCCAGUGAGCUGGAGGAGGAACCAGAAGACGUGCCCAAAGCUCGGAAAGUCUCAUCCCAGCAUCUUCCCUCUCAGACUGUGGUUAACAUUGGCCCAGCAGCUGGUGACCCAGGUCCCAGCACUCACCCCCUGAGUCUUGUGAAGGCUCCUUUGAAGAAAAUUCCUAUCAAUAAGCUUGUAAAGAAGGAGGAUGAAUAUGAAGAGGAAAAACCAGAGCUGGAAGAACUGGAUUGGUGGUCCAAGUACUACGAAUCCCUGAAGGACCUGUAUAACCAGACACACAGUGGUGAGGAAGAUGCUGAGAAUGAUGACCUGAAUGAUGCAGAUGGAGGGAAUUUAAAUGCAUCCUCCAUUGACAUGGAAGCUGAAGAUGAGGCAGUAACUGAAGCUGAACCUGCUCGACCCAAGAGGAAGCUCAUCGCCACCCUUCAGAUCUACAACUCUGAGCUGGAAAAUGAGUUUGAUAAUUUUGAAGACUGGCUGUGUAUUUUUCCCCUUCAUCGUGGCAAAGCAAAUGAGGAUGAAGAUGGAAAUGAGGAUGAACAUUUUGUGGGGAAGUACAAGGGCUCCUUCUACGUCUACCCCACUGAGGAAGCCAGCACAGAGCCCAGGGUCUCCCAGGGCAUUCCAAGGAACAGACCCAUCAAAGUUCUUGUAAGAGUUUACAUCGUUAAGGCUACGAACCUGUCUCCAGCAGACCCCAAUGGCAAGGCAGACCCCUAUGUGGUGGUGACUGUGGGGCAGGAGCAGAAGGACACAAAGGAGCGAUACAUCCCAAAGCAGCUCAAUCCUGUGUUUGGAGAAGUUGUGGAGCUGACAGUCUCCUUUCCCAUGGAAUCGGAACUCACUGUGGCAAUAUUCGAUCAUGAUUUGGUUGGAUCUGAUGAUCUGAUUGGGGAGACCAAGAUUGACUUGGAGAAUCGAUUCUACAGCAAGCAUAGGGCCAACUGUGGAGUGGCUUCUCAGUACGACAUAAACGGCUACAACAUGUGGCGAGAUGCUUUCAAGCCCACACGUAUCUUGGAUAGUUUAUGCAAGAAAAACUCGCUCCCUGCAGCAGAGUACAGACAGGAGGACGUCAAAGUGGACAAUAAAAUAUUCAAGGUCCCUCCAGAGGCUUUUCCUGAAGAGACCUCUGUGAGAAACAAGAGAGGAGUGGCAGAUGAGAACUGGUCAGCAGAUGAUGAACAUAAGGCUUUGUACGUCCUGCAGCACUGGGAAGAGAUGCCAAGAUACGGGUACAAGCUGGUACCAGAGCACGUGGAGAUCCGGUCCCUGUACAAACCAGAGAACCCUGGGCUCGUGCAGGGCUCCUUGCACAUGUGGAUUGACAUGUUCCCAAACGAUGUCCCCGCACCACCACCUGUCAACAUCAAGCCACGACUGCCUGUCAGCUACGAGCUGCGUGUGACUAUCUGGAACACGGACAGUGUGAUCCUUGAUGAUGUCAACCCAGUAACGGGAGAGCCUUCCAGUGACAUCUACGUGAAAAGCUGGAUAAAGGGUCUUGAGCACGACAAGCAGGAGACAGAUGUUCACUUUAACUCCUUGACUGGGGAGGGCAAUUUCAACUGGAGGUUCAUCUUCCGCUUCAACUAUCUCCCAACCGAGAAGGAGAUUACCUACAAGAAGAAGGACUCUGUCUUCUCUGUGGAGGAAUCAGAAUUUCGGGAACCGGCUGUUCUGGUCCUCCAGGUUUGGGAUUAUGACAGGAUUUCAGCUAAUGACUUUCUAGGCUCCAUCGAGCUGAAGCUACAUGACAUGGUACGGGCAGCCAAGAGCUCAGAGCAUUGCACCAUCAAGAUGGCCAAGGAGAAUGCAACACCUCGCUUCUCUAUCUUCCGAAACAAGCGCAUGAGGGGCUGGUGGCCCUUCAUCAAACUCAAAGAUCAAGAAGACAAGGAGAGAGAGGAGAGGGAGGACAAGCAGAAGAAGAAGAAGAAGUGGAGCAGCUCAGUCAGACCAGAGGAUGUGGAGUUCACAGACCCCAGUGGGAACAAGUACCUCCUGACGGGUAAGGUGGAAGCAGAGUUCCAGCUGCUGACUGUGGAGGAGGCUGAGAAAAGUCCUGUUGGUUUGGGCCGAAAAGAGCCUGAACCCCUGGAAAAGCCCAGCCGGCCAAAAACUUCUUUCAACUGGUUUGUGAAUCCCAUGAAGACCUUUGUGUUCUUUAUCUGGAAGCGGUAUAAGAAAUACAUAAUUUUGCUGUUCAUUGUUGCUGUUCUGACCAUCUUCCUGGUUCUUUUGAUCUACACCAUGCCUGGAUACAUCAGCGAGAAGAUCAUCAAUGGAUAA